GGAGACACCAACAAAUGGAAUACAAAUUAACUUAAGCCUACACGAGGCUGGUGACACCUGAAAGAGGGCACAAGACGUUGUAAACAUAAAGAGUGAAUAUGGGUGAAAAGAAGCCAGAACCUUUGGACUUUGUAAAAGAUUUUCAGGAAUAUCUUACACAGCAGACUCACCAUGUGAAUAUGAUUUCUGGAUCAGUUAGUGGAGACAAGGAAGCAGAGACUCUUCAAGGAGCUGGGACAGAAGGUGAUCAGAAUGGUCUGGAUCAUCCUUCUGUUGAAGUUUCACUGGAUGAAAACUCAGGAAUGUUAGUGGACGGGUUUGAAAGGACAUUUGAUGGGAAGUUAAAGUGUCGAUACUGCAACUAUGCCAGCAAAGGAACAGCACGGCUCAUAGAGCAUAUCAGAAUUCAUACAGGUGAGAAGCCGCACAGAUGCCAUUUGUGUCCCUUUGCAUCAGCUUACGAACGUCACCUGGAAGCUCACAUGCGAUCGCAUACUGGUGAAAAACCGUACAAAUGUGAAUUGUGUUCCUUUCGCUGCAGUGACAGAAGCAACUUAUCUCACCACCGCAGGCGCAAACAUAAAAUGGUGCCUAUCAAGGGUACAAGGUCUUCCCUAAGCAGCAAGAAAAUGUGGGGGGUUUUGCAGAAGAAGACCAGCAAUUUGGGGUACAGCAGAAGAGCAUUAAUUAAUUUGAGUCCACCUUCCAUGGUGGUUCAGAAACCAGACUACCUUAAUGAUUUCACUCAUGAAAUCCCAAAUAUCCAGACUGAAGCGUAUGAGAGCAUGACAAAACCAACCCAGGGCAGUGGGUUGCCAAGAGAUCCACAAGACCUCAUGGUAGAUAAUCCUUUAAACCAGCUCUCCACGUUAGCCGGACAGUUAUCUAGCUUGCCACCUGAAAACCAAAAUCCAGCCUCUCCAGACGUCGUUUCCUGCCAAGAUGAAAAGCCUUUCAUGAUACAGCAGCCUGCUGCACCUGCAGUAGUUUCAGCUGUGUCAGCAAAUAUUCCUCAAAGUUCAUCUCCGACCAGCCCAGAUCCUCGGCCUACACACAAUCAAAGGAACUAUAGUCCCGUGGCAGGUCCCAGCAGUGAUCGCAGCGCCCACACCAGUACUCCCAGCAUAAGUAACAGUCAACCAAGUACUCCAGCUCCGACCCUUCCAGUUCAGGACCCUCAGCUUCUGCAUCACUGCCAACACUGUGACAUGUACUUUGCGGACAAUAUCCUUUAUACUAUUCACAUGGGAUGUCAUGGAUUUGAGAAUCCUUUUCAGUGCAACAUAUGUGGGUGUAAGUGUAAAAAUAAGUAUGACUUUGCUUGCCAUUUUGCAAGAGGCCAACACAGUCAACAUUGACUGAGAACAUGCUUUCGUUUAGUUUUUUAACAUAUUACAGUAUAUUUUUCAUACUUGCUGAAGGAAAGCUUGCACACUCCCAUAAGGAAUCCUCACAUUAAUCAAUUCGACAAAGGAGGCAAAUUUAUUUCUAUGUUGUCAUAAAACUUGCCAGGGAAAUUUUGUAUAAGAUGUGGUUGGUAUUUUAUAUGUAGCCUUUCAAAAAAGCUGAGACCGCUAUAAGAAUUGGAAUGCAUUUACAUGUUUUGGUUGCUAAAUUUAAGUUGCUUGCACUUAAUCCCAAUAAACAUUCUACAAAUG